CUGUUAUUUUUUUAUUUCUUAAGUGAUUAAACAUAAGUGAACAGUUUUAUCCUAUUUAGUAGGAAAUAAUUGUAAACAUAAAAAUGUCAGUAGAAGAUUUUAAUCAUUGUUCCAAAUUAAAAACUCCUAUUGUAUAUCACAAAACAACUGUGAAAUUGGAUUAUGAUUCAGAUAGUUCAGCCAAAUGGAAUUCAGAAACACAAGGAAUUUUUGUAUCACCUAAAGUUGAAAAUCAAAAAAUUGGAAAAAGAAGAGAAUUGUUAAUGAAAUAUUUUAGAUUAUGUGCUUCUAAAGAUGCUUUAGAAGAAAUAAUAGGUGAUCCUCCUUUAUCUGAAUCAUCUUUCUUAACUGAAUACUUUGACAAUUAUUGUGACGGCGACUUUACUCCUUUAAUAGAAAAUUCUGAAUUUGAUAUAAAGAAAAUUAUGCAAAAUCCUUUAUACGAUGGAAACGUUCAAACAUAUUACAAAGAACAAUUUGAUAAAGGAAAUUUAAAAGCCACGACCGAAUUACGAAAUAAAAAUCGACCUUUUGUCAAGAGAUCUCUUUUUACAACACCACCUGAACUUGCAUUUGAAGAACCUGUGGAUGGAUUUUAAAUCAAUAUUUUACUUUUAUUUAGUAUAUUUAUUAUCAAAUGAAAUAAGAUAUACAAAGAAGGUAUAUACAUACGCACAUAGAAUCUUAAAUAUAUCGCAUAAGUAAUUCUUUGAGACAUUUUUUUUUUCUUGAACAGUUCAUAAUAUCUAAACAUUCUUCU